GACGACUCUAAUUUCAUUCACUAACGCAGCACAGAGCAUAGUUUGCAGAGAAUCCUUUGAAAAAUGGCCGACGAAGCCAACAGAGCUGCCUUCAUGGAGAUUCAAGGUCGCAUGAUCGAGCUCACGGCCAAACUCAAGCAGGUGCAGAACCAGAUGCGAAACAAAGAAGGAGAAAAGAAGCGUGCUUUUCUAACCCUAGAGGAGAUUCGCCCUUUGCCUGAAGACGCUAAUACUUACAAAUCUAUAGGAAGAACGUUUGUUUUAGAGCCAAAGUCAGUGUUGGUGAGUGAACAGGAACAGAAGCUCCAGGAUAGUGAGAGUGCAAUUGCCUUGCUACAGACCUCAAAGGAAUACAUUGAGAAACAGAUUGGAGAGGUGGAGACCAACUUGAGGGAGCUAUUGAACCAGGAUCCAGGUCUUGCUCGUCAGAUAAUGUCCAUGACUGUUAUGUAAACAUUCAGAUUAUUCAAAGUCUUCUCUGCAGUGAAUUUGUUUUGUUUCAUUUGUACAACACAUGACAUUUGUAGAAUUAACUGGUUUUCAUCUCUACUACUACCUUGACCACUGAGUGUCUCAAUUUUUCGUAAUUUUAGUAGUGGAUGGAUCAUAUUUGGUGAC